AUGCCUCCGACGACGGAAGAAUCGUCGGCACCAAGUGGUCUGGGAGGUGCCUCUACGGAGGCAAAUUACCAGCUGCCAUGGACGGCAAUCCCUCGUUUUAUUCCUGGGACAACGGACGUCACCGAGUAUGCGAAGAAGCUGCAGUUUUUGGCGGCCAUGUGGCCGAAGGAGAGCAUAGCCUUGUUGGCUCCAAGAGCCGCACUUUUGUGCGAAGGCACCGCGUUCAAGAAGGUGUCGUCGCUACCAGCAGACAAGCUGAAGAGCAGCGACGACAGCGGAGUGAGACUCCUGGUUACAACACUCGGCGGCGCUUGGGGGCGCUCCGAGGUAGAGCUGAAGUACGAUGUCUUCGAGAAGGCGAUCUUCGGCACCAUCCAGAAGUCCGACGAGUCCAAUGACAGUUACCUGGCCAGGCAUGACGUGCAUUUUGAGGAGCUUUUGGCUCAGGGUGUUAGCUUUGAAGAGAUCAGAGCUUACAUCCUGCUACGACAGUCUGCUUUGUCGGCAGAAGACCGAAAGAAGAUUGUUGUGGAGAUGAGCGGGGAUGCCGGGAACGAGGACUCAGAGAGAGCUUACAACGCCAGUGCGGCACCAGGUGCCGGAGAUGACAAUGACUACGAGCUGGAUCCCGAAUAUGUGGAAGCAAUGGCGGCGAUGGAUGAUCAGGACGCCCUCGCCGUCGCCAGCUUCGAGGAGGAGCUAGAAGGCUUCUUCCAGGAUACACCUGAGAUGCAGGAGGCCCUGGUGAGCUAUUUGGAGGCCGCGACAACAGUCGCGGAGGUGGACCCAGGGCCUGCAGCCGCUUUCCUGGCAGGACAUUUCGAUGAAUCCCGAGACCUCGAGGUGUUGACACAGCUGCCCGAGGAAGCCGUGUCUCUCGCCGAGGCGGCACCCAGCGUUCCGACUUCUCAAGCCGAAAUAGGCUUGUCUCUCGGCGCUCGUUUCGCUCGUCUGACCGAAAGUGGACCGCGCUAUACCCCGACCGAGGCACGCACAGUGCCGAUGUCAGAGCUCGGGCAGACCAUAGUGACUUUCGGCAAACAUGCGAAAGGCCGCACUUUCGAGGACGUGAUCGUGAACGAGGAGUCCUGGAUCAAGUGGGUGUGCGAUCAUCUUGGCACCAGCGACAAAACAGAGCAUCAGGUGCUGUUGAUAUACAUCGAACGGUACGUGGCCGAAGCCGAAGUUCUGGAAGCCGACUUGCGGCAAACCACAGAAGCCGUUACCGUGCAACCGACUCCCAAGAGCAAGAUGCCUCCCCGCAAGCCCAGCCGUAUCCAGGAGCCGCCUGUGGAAGAUCACUGGGAUAUGGUUGCGGAAGCCGAGCUGCAGAACGCCAUGGAGUCCCAGGUUCAGGCGUUGCGUGUUCCCGGAAGCAACACGUCGGAUGAGGAUCUCACCCCACAUGCGUUGACAGAAGGCCGUUGGCACGGCCCAGCGAAGGUCAUAUGCUCCGAGGGCAAAUCCAUAGUCUGGGUGGCCCACGGGACGACCAUCAUUAGGUCAGAUGUUUUGUCGCCAGCCCCAGCUGUAGUCCCAGAGCCUAUCCCGAACACGGUAGGCCCCAGUAAUCUCCCAACGGCUACUCCCGCCGAUGACAUUGGCCAGCCUGAGCAGGAACUGACGCCCCAGGAAACUGGAAUAAUCGAUGAAGAUGGAGAUGCGCUCGUCCAAUUUUCGACAGUUGUAGACCUAAAGCCAAAGGAAGUCAAGAGGACCCGUGCCGAAGUCAGCUUAAAACACUUGUCUUCCAAAGAGGUUGCCCUUUUUGAGCAAGCUAAGUUGAAGGAGAUAAAUUGCUGGGUCCAGACAUCUGCAAUACGGGGCAUUCUUCGUCGUAAGUUGAAUCCUGAGCAGAUCUUGAAAAGUCGAUGGAUCCUCACCUGGAAAGCCCCUGAGGAGGGCGAGACACAGCAGAGGGCCAAGGCUAGGUUAGUGGUUCUAGGAUACCAAGAUCCUAAGUUAGUGGAGGUGUCUCGCGAUGCUCCGACGCUGUCCAAGGAAGGACGAUCCAUUAUCCUUCAGACACUUGCCUCGCGUCGCUUCCAGUUGAGUGAUUCUGUGUUUAAGAGCAAGAUUGAUGAGCUUCAGAAAUCAUUGCCUUUCGGUAGUCGCAAGUUUGAUAGCUUCACCUUCACGGGUAUUCAUUUGCAGCAACAUGCCGAUGGGUCCAUCAAGGCCAGCCAAGGGGAUUACGUCAGGAGUAUUCCGGCAAUUGACGUCGGUCGCCUCCGCAGACAGAACCUCGAGACUCGAGCAAAUGAAAGCGAGCAAUCAAAGUUGCGGGGACUGAUCGGGAGUCUUCAGUACGCCGUCACCCAUUCGCGUCCUGACAUGGCUGCUAAGUUGGGUGAAAUCCAGAGUCAGACCGCUUGCCCGACCAUUCAAACACUGAUGUCGGCCAACAAAGUUCUCCGUGAAGCUCAGGAGACUUCUUCAGUGAGCAUUCGAUAUCUGCCGAUACCAGUGUCCCAGGUCACCUUUGUGUCCUUUGGAGAUGCUUCGUUUGCCUCUGCUAGAAAUUUGAGUUCCCAUCAAGGCGCGCUGAUUUGCGCGACGGAUGAGAAUUUGAAUCGUAAUCAAGAGGCCCCAGUCUCCCCUGUGGCAUGGAGCUCCAAGAAAAUUCCUCGGGUCGUCAGAUCCACUCUGUCAGCAGAGGCUUACGCUAUGUCAAAGGCUGUGGACAUCCUGGGAUGGAUUCGUGCUUUGUGGGGUGUUAUACACAUACCACAUUUCAAGUGGCAG